AUGGAUUUGUCCAGGUUCGCGUCUCCGCGCCCCCCGGGCCUGCAGAUCGGCGCCGCCGCCUCCCUCCGGGGGGCCUGCUCGCUGCGCCGACCCCGGCACAGAGGCGGAGUCCACGGCGGCCGGGGCGGGAACCUCAUGGUCGCCUCGGCCCUCCGCGGCUCAAGCAGCGGCCUCUUCUACGCCGCCCCGAACCACGCCCGUCUCCGGCUCACACGGACCGGGUCGGCGGGCUGCCAGGGCAACGACUCGCUGGCCUACGUGGACGGCCCGCUGGAGGGCACCAAGGGCAGCAGCAGCAGCUCCAGCGAGGGCAGCGACGAGGCGGCGGGGUCCGACGGCGAGGAGAGAGCCCGCAGUGCCGCUGCCGUCGACGUGGACGAUCUCAGGGACCUGCUGCACAAGGCCAGGAAGGAGCUGGAGGUGGCCAGGCUCAACAGCACCAUGUUCGAGGGCAAGGCGCAGCGCAUAUCCGAGUCGGCCAUCGCGCUCAAGGACCGUGCCGACAGCGCGCAGACCGAGGUGUCCGCCGCCGUGGCCACCGUGCAGGAGAUCAUCAGCAAGGAGGACGACGCCAAGGAGGCCGUCCGCAAGGCCACCAUGGCGCUCUCCAUGGCCGAGGCCCGGCUGCAGCUCGCCGCUGAGGCGCUGGACGCCAAGAGGGGCUCGGUCGGCCAGCUGGAGGUCAGCCUCGACGACGUCGAGGAGGAGGCGCUCGCGUCCGCCCAGGAGGAGAUCAAGGGGUGCCAGGCCAGCCUGUCAAAGUGCGAGGAGGAGCUCGGGCGGGUCCAGGGGAAGAAGAUGGAGCUGCAGAAGGAGGUCGACAGGCUGACCGAGCUCGCCGAGAGGGCUCUCCUGGACGCCUCCAAGGCCGAGGAGGAUGUUUCCAAUAUAAUGGUGUUGGCUGAGCAGGCCGUGGCUCUUGAGAUGGAAGCAGCCAAGCGCGUGAACGACGCGGAGCUGGCGUUACAGAAGGCGGAGAAGGCGGUCGAGUCCGUUGUGGAGCUGGUGCCGGCUGCUGAUGGGCACAUGAGUGACGAAGAGGACGAUCUUUCUGAUGUUUAUGACUAUAGCGGUGACGGCAUGGCUGACAUUUCUGAAAGGGAUGAGGUGUCAAAUGUCGAGCGUUUGAUGCAGAUUAGCGACUUGGCUGCUGAAGGCAUCGAGCCACUUGAACCGUCUAAUGAAAUGCCUGUUGAAGAACGCGGUGACAAGUUGCUUGUUGAGCCUCAGAAAGAAGCUGAACCUGACGUAGAUAAGUCAAAGCAAGGGAAGAAGCAGGAGUCUUCCAAAUCAUCGUUGAAGAGGUCAUCUCGUUUUUUCUCGGCGUCUUUCUUCUCCUCCAAAUCGGAUGGAGAAUUUACACCUACAUCUGUAUUCCGAGGGCUAAUGAAAUCAGCAAGAAAACAAGCACCAGCUCUUGUUGCCGGGAUACUGCUUCUUGGCGCAGGGGCAUUCUUCUUCAAUAGAGCUGAGAAGAAUAGUCAAUUGUUUCAGCAGCCAGGCAUAACCACCACAAGUAUUGAAGAAGUUACCUCCACUGCAAAGCCCAUAGUUCGCGAGAUUCGGCAGUUACCACAAAGAAUAAAAAAGCUAAUCGAGCUCUUACCUCAUCAAGAGGUAAAUGAGGAAGAAGCUUCGCUUUUUGACGUACUAUAUUUGCUGCUGGCCAGUGUUGUUUUUGUACCAUUAUUCCAGAAAAUACCUGGAGGUAGUCCUGUUCUUGGAUAUCUUGCUGCUGGUGUCCUCAUUGGUCCCUAUGGUCUUUCUAUCAUCCGCAAUGUCCAUGGAACAAAGGCAAUUGCUGAAUUUGGAGUCGUGUUCUUGUUAUUUAACAUUGGCCUUGAGCUUUCUGUGGAAAGGUUAAGUUCGAUGAAGAAGUAUGUCUUUGGAUUAGGCUCUGCUCAGGUGUUGGUUACUACAGCAGUUGUUGGUCUGGCAGCUCACCGUUUUGCAGCACUACCAGGACCAGCGGCAAUUGUUGUUGGGAGUGGUUUGGCUCUAUCAUCCACAGCUGUCGUCUUGCAAGUACUACAAGAACGUGGGGAGAGCACAUCACGGCAUGGACGCGCCACAUUUUCUGUGCUACUUUUCCAGGAUCUGGCCGUGGUGGUUCUGUUGAUAUUGAUCCCACUCAUAUCACCUAAUUCUUCAAAAGGAGGGGUUGGGUUCCAAGCAAUAUUGGAAGCUAUGGGAAUGGCUGCGGUAAAGGCAAUAGCUGCUAUAACUGCCAUCAUUGCUGGAGGUCGUUUGUUCCUUCGGCCAAUUUACAGGCAAAUUGCUGAAAAUCGGAAUGCUGAGAUAUUUUCAGCAAAUACUCUCCUUGUUAUAUUUGGGACAAGUCUUCUUACUGCUCGGGCUGGCUUAUCGAUGGCACUGGGAGCAUUUUUGGCUGGUUUGUUGUUAGCAGAAACAGAGUUCUCCUUGCAGGUUGAGUCGGAUAUUGCUCCUUACCGUGGCCUUCUGUUAGGUCUAUUCUUUAUGACGGUUGGAAUGUCUAUUGACCCAAAGCUGUUUCUGUCAAACUUCCCAGCAGUCUCUUUGAUAUUAGGUCUCUUAAUUAUUGGAAAGACACUGUUAGUAACAUUUAUUGGUAGAGUGUUUGGAGUUUCCACCAUAGCUGCUGUUCGGGUUGGUCUUUUGCUUGCACCUGGUGGGGAGUUUGCUUUUGUUGCCUUUGGAGAAGCCGUUAACCAGGGUCUUCUAUCGCCUCAAUUAUCGUCAUUAUUAUUUUUGGUGGUUGGCCUUUCAAUGGCUAUGACACCAUAUUUAGCUGCUGGAGGGCAGUUUCUAGCAUCAAAAUUUGAGCAGCAUGAUGUCAGGAGUUUAUUGCCAGUGGAAAGUGAGACGGAUGACUUGCAAGGCCAUAUUAUUAUUUUGGGAUUUGGACGUGUUGGGCAGAUCAUCGCCCAACUCCUGUCAGAACGGUUAAUUCCAUUUGUUGCGCUUGAUGUUCGAAGUGAUCGGGUGGCAGUUGGGCGCGCACUUGAUCUACCAGUAUAUUUCGGUGAUGCAGGAAGCAGAGAGGUACUGCACAAAGUUGGAGCUGAGAGGGCAUGUGCUGCUGCCAUUACUUUAGAUACUCCUGGUGCAAACUAUAGAGCUGUAUGGGCUCUGAGCAAAUACUUCCCAAAUGUGAAGACAUUUGUCAGAGCACAUGAUGUUGAUCAUGGUGUUAAUUUGGAGAAAGCUGGUGCAUCAGCGGUUGUCCCUGAGACCUUAGAACCAAGUCUUCAAUUGGCUGCUGCUGUUCUUGCUCAAGCAAAACUUCCAAUGUCCGAGAUUGCAACAACGAUCAACGAGUUCAGGAAUCGUCAUUUGUCAGAGCUAACGGAGCUUUGUUCUACAAGUGGGAGCUCCCUAGGCUACGGCUUCUCUCGAGUCAUGUCGAAAACGAAGCCUGUGGUCUCUGACGACGAGAGCGACACCAUUGAUGGAGCCCUGGCGAUCUGA